AUGCUCCCACUGUUACUGGAUGCCACUGAAGAAUCACACGAGCCCACCCCGUUCCGUCCCCAGCUCUCCCGCAAUGCCAGGAAGACUCUACGCCCGAGCCGGCCUGACACGAUUCUGUCUUCUAUAGAUGGUCCAGCCAAAGACCUCUAUGUGAACGAAUUUUCUAGCAGGAUGACUUCGUCACACACUACACGCCACCGCCCGGCCCAUCAGAAAGGCCCACAGGCCCUUGCGGCUACCAGCACACCUUUGCAGCUUCCCGAAACCCCCUCACUUCACUCUAUUCUUGCACGGCAUGUGAAGCAUUGCACAGCUUUGCCACCACCUGAGUCAGAGUUUCAAUUUAGCCCUGCCGAGCUGCAUGUGCUGCGAUCCAAAGGAUACAGGCCAGAAAGCGUAGAGCAGUGGGCGUCAUGCCUCGUAGAGCCAAAGUGCAACAUAGCGGCCAGGAUCUUCGAUCAAGAUGCUGAGGUGCCACCUCUCUUUGUUCUUCUGAUUUUUCUACGUCGCAGACACAUUAGAGUAUGCGCUCUAGGUAUCAUUAUGAGACACCUUGACCGACGUGUUCAAACAGACCAUCUCGAAUGGGCAUCGCUCAAGAUGAUUGUAGUCCGUUUACUCCGCCAUGCGCGUGAGCUCUGGCCCGAGUCCAUGCCAUGGAUUACGUCCUUUCUGACCACACAGUCCAGCCGCUUUCUCGAUAAUGCAAAGCGGUCAAGCCCGCCUUCACACCAGACACUGUCUGACAUGACGCGCUUCUUCAAUUCUUACCUGUUGCUGUUAUGCCUGCCUACAAGCUUCCGGCCUUUGAUCUCCGCCACUUACCAGGAGAGGGCACAAUUUCAGAUACUUCAAUACAUGGCUGCGGCAUCACCGCCUAUAGCCGUGACACGCCUCGGUUUCCGCUCAGUAGCUCGCAAUCAGCUGGCUCGCGCCAAGACGCCCCGGGAAAGAGAAUGGGCCGAGCUCAAAGGUCCUUCAUGGCCACCGUGGAAAGAAAAUCGUACGGCAAUGGAUGAAGACAAGGGCUAUGAGUUUGGUGCUUCGCGAGCUUCUCAGCUCUUGCAUCGCAUGUAUGAAGCUGGAUACAGCCAUCGCAUGUUUGAUAAAAUGGCACAAAUUUACGCUGGUUGGGAUACAGACACCAGCCCGACAAUACAAACUCGCACCACGUUACCGCGUCUCUCUUCGCAGUUUAGCGACCGUAGUCUUAUCCGCCCGCUGCUCUGGGCUGCACGUAUACGGACCACGCGCACGCAAAGAGAGGCAUGGGCGUGCUUUCUGUCGCAUGAGCUUUCUGGAGAAGCCUCUCAUUCGGAGAUUUAUCUCGCCAUGUUCGAAAAGCUGCACUAUCACUCUGUCGAGAGAGUACCCAUUCAAGAGCUUUCGCCUGGUAUAGACCGAGCUCCUGAUGAAGAUAGCACGCAUCUGUUACCUGGAGACAUGAAAGAGGUCCUGCCGGAUCCGUUGUCUUCUUUGCAUUAUGUCUAUCUGAGUGAGCCUGUCCCUGCACACAGAGAGCUACUUGAACGAAUGCGUAAAACCCAUGUCAAGCCUUCGAGCCGGCUGCUUGCUUUUCUCCUGGAAACGUACCCAGACUUCCAAACAUGUCUGGAUCUAUUGCACAUGAAUAGACAAGGGUUUGACGGUGGUAUAGGCCGCAUACUGUAUGGAACCCACGACAACGACGCUUCGGUCCAAUCCAUUGACGGCUAUCUCCUCACGGCCAUUGUCCGCUUAUUGUGUCGCUACGGGCGAUUUGAUCGGCCACCCCCGUGGCAUGUCGCUGAUUUCAGCCCUGAAGAGCAUGUGCAUCAACUCAAAACCAACCGGCAUUAUCUUGUGGAAUAUGCAUAUACGCUUCUUAUACGCUAUCGCCCAAAAUACCGGCCGGCUUGGGCCGUCUUUAUGGAGAAGCUACUGCAUCAAAGAAAAAUCCCAGAGACUGGUCACGCAGAACGCUACAAAUUCAUCUGUGACUUGUUCGAGCAUAUAGAGCAGAUUGACCUUGAUAUCGACGACGAAAUGUUCCGCUCUGCAUGCAAGGCGACAAUCUAUGCUGCGCAGAGUGUUGACCAGGGCGCUGCUUCUUUCCAAGACAUGCGUUUGUUGUUCGCCACAGGCUCGUCGCGCCUUCGGACACUGUUCAACAAUCUAGUUGGGGCCAAUGCCGACAUGCAUUCGCGUCCAGAGCAAGUUGCGGGCACUGUUGUUCCGCCACAUGUUCCUGGGCCUGCAGAACUGCAUGCCUAUGUGCGAGCACUAGGCACCCUGCGCGACUAUGAAGGCCUCUACUCGUUCACGACCUGGCUAACCAAGCACCGCUCUGAGGUCAAUGUGCGUGCGCAAGCACAGCGUGGCGGCAGUGACAUUUUAUUCAGAAUGCUCGUGGCGUUGAGGUUGACUGUCAGUGGCGGGGGAACAGAAAUGGGAAGUCAACAUGCAUCCAAUGCACCAGAAGACAUUGCUCUUCUUAUCAAGGAGCAGAUUGAUGGUGUAGAAGAAUGGGGCGGAUGGCCAACGCAGGAGCACGUUGAGAUGUAUAUUAAACUGCAACUCAAGACGAAGAGUCCGUCUGCAGGAGGACGUUGA